GUUUGGCUUAACAGUUUCAGCAUCACAACAUGAUUUCAGUGCAUUACAUAACAUCAAAUCAAGUGGCAUCUGCAAACCUAUGAUUCAUCCUACACUCCUAAAAAACCCUAUUUGAAGCAUUUAUUACAUAUACAUACAUAUAAGUGUAACUGGUCCAAAUAUUUUUAUUUGCAACAAUUUUUAAACCUAACAAUUCCUUUUGUCAUCUGAUUUGGUGGAAAAAAUAGUCUUAUCUUUUGAAAUAUAUGCCAUACUGUUUUAUUAUCUGCAGCAACGUGCAUUCAGUGUGACGUAAAUGUACAAAUACAUUUUAGGGUCGGUGUGUGUCGCUUUGCUCUACACGUCACAGGGCUGCCUAUUAAUGACAAUACCUUUGUACUCAAUGAUGUUAAUGGAAAAACCUACCUACUUUUACCUUCUGACUUGCUAUAAUUCAUGAACUAGACUUUGACCUCGGCUCUUCUGAGCAGGAAGUCCAGAAUAUUUGCUCUCACACAGUUCACUAGGAAGACAGACUUGAGGAUGUGUCUAAAUUCUGGAGUUAUCUGAACGUAGAUUUGGAGAGUUGAAUUUAAACUGGUUUAGGAUUUUCUCAGAGGUGUUAGACAUCGCAGUCAAGAAUGUAUGGGGGUAACCCUAUGCCCGUUUUCCAGCCAAGAGGCUUCUCAUCUGAGCAGUCUUUCCAGGGGUCUGGCAUGUCUCGCCCCAGUGCCAAAUCCAUCUACAUGCAAAGGAAGGAGUAUGCAGAAUCAAUCACCAGACACCAAGACAACUUUCAGCACAGAGUGGAGCACCUGUUCACCUUUGUGUUAGAUGGCAGAGAGAUGAGCAGCAUUGAUGACUGUGUGAGCAGGCUGAAGAAUAUGGACAGUAAAGGGAAAGUGUGGGGUCAGGACAUGAUCAUGCAGGUCCAAGCCAACCACCUACAGCUGUGUGACAUAGAGACCAAGGAGGUUUUGGAGUCUGUACAUUUGAGUAGCAUCAGGAAGACGAAAGCUGUUCUGGACAGCUGUGUGUAUGACUCCCUUCUCAUCCUCUCAGUUCAGGAUCCCAGCCAGAGAGCUCCACAGGCAUUCCUGUUCCAGUGUGAGGAGACCGGGGCUCAGGAGGUCGUAAAUGAUCUGGAAAGGGCGAUCCAGCAAGGUGGGGAUGCCACUCCUCCGUUUAAGGAACCACAGAGGGACAUCAGGAGCCAUCUGGAAAACAUCCUUGGUCAUGGUCAUCCGGGGAGCAUGAAGAGACCAGCUCUCACACCAAUGCAGUCAAACCCACUUCCCCCAGAAUUCCCCCCUCCGCAGUUCAACAACUAUGAAGACUAUGACGACAGACAACCCUCUCCCACAAUGCCAUUUCCCAGAGAUGAAGCCCCUUACAGGCCAGUGCAGUCUGAGCCAGAUCACAUUCCACCUCCAGUAAAUGAUAUGGACAGAGAUGCGGAGAUCUUUAACCAUGUUGCAGCCGACAUUGAGACCUUCAUAUAUAAAGUUGGCUCAGCUUUGGCAAAAGCUGAUGGAACCAAGAAAAAGAAAAAGAAAAAGAAAAAUGCUCCAAAAUUUGUUGCAAGUAUUCCCACUGUGGAGGAAUACAUAUCCUGCCUGCAGAAGAUAAAGUAUGGCUUCAAUCUUCUGGGGAAGCUGGAUGGUCACCUAAAAAAUCCUCCUGCCUCUGACUUUGUUCACAGUCUCUUUUCUUCCCUUGCUUUUAUGGUGAGCCACUAUCCUCCCAACAUCCCUUCCUCGGUGCCGAGUCCACUGCUCACAGAAAAAGCCCUGCAGCUCCUGGGAAAUGUUGUCACACCAAAUGAGGACCAGCUGUGGGGAAGCUUGGGUGAUGCGUGGAACAUCCCAAGAUCCAAAUGGCCAAAUGGGAAUCAGAUCCCUCCAUAUUAUCCCCAAUUUUACGACGGCUGGCAGCCCCUUCCACCCGCCCCAUCCGAGUCUCCUCCAGCCAGCAGGCAGCUCUCACGGAGCAACAGCGAGCGCUUCCCAUCCAGGAUUGUCAACCAGAGGCUGCCUGAACACGACAACAGACCCUGGAGCACACCCCCCAUGCCGUCUGCAGAGCCGCCACUUUAUAUGAGGGUGAUCUAUGACUUCAUGGCAAGGAACAUUCAAGAACUGAGUGUGAUGAAGGGUGACAAUGUGCAGGUAAUCGACAAGUCUGGGCAAUGGUGGAAAGUGAAAAACAGAGGUAAUGAAGAGGGUUAUGUGCCUCAGAAUGUUCUAGAGCCUGUCAAUGGACAAAGGCCAACAAAUAUAAGAGGACCUCCAUCUCUGGACACAAAAUCUAGACCUGAGGAAGUCAAAGCCUGGUUACAGUAUAAAGGUUUUUCUAAAAUGACGGUCCAGAGUCUUGGGGUAUUCAAUGGAGCGAUGUUGCUGGGAAUGAAACAGGAUGAAAUCAGAGCAGUAUGUCCUGAGGAAGGAGGUCGAGUCUUCUUUCAACUGCAGAGCAUUAGAUCGAGCAUUGCACUUGCCAGUGAGGCCGAGUACAGUCCGUAUGGUGGCCGCUAAUAAACUCAAGACCCUGCUGUGAUUUUAAUAUCAAGAAGCUGAACUUGUCUGGACCUGAAUAAACAAGAGCUACACACACACCUCAACUUCUCCAUUUAUUUGAAAACAAGUUCAGACUGCUGCCAGUUAAGUGAUGAUAUAUAACCUUUUACAGAUGCAAAUGUCUCCAUUUAUUGGAUUUAUUUUAUUUAUUCGAUACCAUUUUUUCCAUAAAAUUGAUUUCCACUGAUGUCCCUGGGAUGAUGGUUAUGUUUAACAUGUUAUUUAGUUAUACCAGCUGAAUGAAAAUGAGGCAUAUCUGUAACAUUCUGAUUGAUCCUAACACUGCAUACAGAUUGUGCAUUGUCUAAAUAAAUGCUCAUAAAUAAUUAGCA